GAAAUCCAGAACAAGUCUUAUGCACUCCACCAAAGUCCUCAUUCCUCAAGCAUCAAGAACCAUUAUCAGACAAGCGCCUCUCAACAAGAGAAAGAUGUCUUUCCUCUUCCCCAGAAUUGCUUUCACUCCAGCCCGCUGCGGCCCAGCCCGGCACGAUCUUGCACCACUAUUCAGUCUCUUUGAUGACACCAUCAAUGAGCUUCAAAGAGCCACUCAACAACCCCGGAGGCAGUUCACUCCUCGCUUCGAUCUGAAGGAGACCAAGGAUGCUUACUCGCUAGAGGGUGAGCUCCCAGGUGUCGAGCAACAAAAUCUCAACAUUGAGUUCACCGAUGAGCACACUUUGAGGAUCAAGGGCCGGACCGAACGUCACACCGAGUCUGGCCAACGCCCUCAAGCCGCCGUCGAAAGCGAGAAGAAGGCUGCCAUCGAAGAGGCUCAAUCUUCAGAAACCAGCAGUGUCAAGUCACAUCAACCUACCGUUGAGGAUGAGGAACCAGUACUCGUCGACUCGUCUGCUGCCUCAGAGGAGAACUCCGAAGUCGUCGCACCUAAACCUGCGCCUGUGGCAGAACAGCCCAAGACGGAACCUGCACAGCCCGAACAACAGUACUGGGUAUCUGAACGCUCGGUUGGAGAAUUCACCCGCAGCUUCAACUUCCCAGCCCGCGUCAACCAGGAUGCAGUUCGUGCCUCUCUGAAGAAUGGAAUCCUCAGCAUUUUGGUACCAAAGGCCCAGGCUCCUGCUAGCCGACGCAUCAACAUCGAGUAAAAGAAUGGCUGGCAAUGUACUUCUAUCUUUGUACAACAUCUGCAUGGCAUAGCAUGGAAUAAUGGACCUAUCAACAUAACGAAUGGCAUAGCUUGGCGUUAGCAACGGGCUUGUACAGACAUACUACUAAACCAAGGUUUGGGAGGUGUUAUUUCUGGGAACUCGGCUCCAUCGGUACAUCAACAGCAUCUACUAGGUUAAUAAUAUAAUACCACAGUUGGUGCUCAUAAA